UUUAGUGUCAUUUGCAAAGUGCCCACUCCCAAUUCUCCUCAUUUUUUCUUCACACUCUCCAUUUCUUUUAAUUAUUUAAGUUCUGAAAAAACAAAAUGCCUGGAAUUGCAUUUGGUAGUUUUGAUGAUUCCUUUAGCUUGAGCUCCAUCAAAUCCUACGUUGCAGAGUUCAUCUCCACCCUUCUCUUCGUCUUCGCGGGUGUCGGCUCCGCCAUUGCUUUCGCCAAGUUGACAGCGGAUGCUGACCUUGAUCCAGCCGGUCUGGUGGCUAUCGCGGUCUGCCAUGGACUUGCACUCUUUGUCGCGGUCUCCAUCGCCGCUAACAUCUCUGGCGGCCAUGUCAAUCCAGCUGUCACCUUCGGAUUGGCUGUUGGCGGUCAAAUCACCAUCCUAACUGGCAUCUUUUACUGGAUUGCCCAAUGCAUUGGCUCCAUCGCCGCAUGCUACCUUCUUAGCUUCGUCACCGGAGGCUUGGCGGUGCCUACCCAUGCGGUUGCUGCUGGUGUUGGAGCUAUCCAAGGAGUAGUGAUGGAAAUCAUUAUCACAUUUGCAUUGGUGUACACCGUUUACGCCACCGCAGUUGACCCCAAGAAGGGCGAUUUGGGCACAAUCGCGCCGCUUGCCAUUGGUCUCAUUGUAGGUGCCAACAUUUUGGCCGCCGGUCCAUUCUCUGGUGGAUCAAUGAACCCGGCCCGAUCCUUCGGUCCUGCUGUGGCCGCUGGUGAUUUCUCCGGCCACUGGAUCUACUGGGUUGGACCUCUCGUUGGUGGUGGCUUAGCCGGAGCAAUUUACAGCAAUGUGUUUAUUAGUAAUGAACAUGCUCCCCUUUCCAGCGAGUUUUAAUGUUUUUUUUCUUGUGAACCAGAUCAGUUUGUAAUUGUAAUAAAAGAAAGGAAAGCAAUUUAUUUGUUUUUCUUUUCUUUUCUAUUUUAUUUUAAUUUAUGAAAAUUUAAUUUGUUGUGUUCUU